UCUCUUCCCCUACCUUGUGCGGUGCGAGAGAGAGCGCGUGUGCCUCUGAGCUUCGGCACACAUCUUAUAUAAAAAAUCAAAAAUACAAAAAAAAUAACAAAACAGAAAAAAAUACAAACAAAAAGUCAACUUUUAUUGCCGAAUACCUCGGUGAAGCAGGAUCCGCGGCAAAAUAUUUGAGAUUAUUAGAGCACCACCGCACCAGUUUGACUUCACUAGGCCUGAGAAAAAUUUUAAUCAUCGUGUCUUGAACGAUACCGCGAGUACGUCGACGAUAAUUCGGUACCGUUUUAAUUAUCUUCAGUUUAUUACUCGGUCUGUUUUUGGGCAGUCGUUUGCCGUUUAACUGCGUUUGAGGAGUCAGUCGAGCUCCGUCGCCAUUACAGUCGCUCUUAACUCCUCGCGUGCUUUCGGCUCAGUGUUUUUCUAGUGUCGUGGUUCUAACCGCGUGACACGCUCGUUAAUCUUUAAUCGUACAAUAAUCUUUGAGGAAGAUGAAUCCCAGCGCUCCCAGUUACCCGAUGGCCUCUCUGUAUGUGGGUGAUCUCCACCAAGAUGUAACCGAGGCCAUGUUGUACGAGAAGUUCAGCCCGGCCGGGCCUAUUCUAUCUAUUCGGGUGUGCAGGGACAUGAUGACCCGCCGUUCUCUGGGUUAUGCCUACGUGAACUUCCAACAGCCUGCUGACGCCGAACGCGCGUUGGACACCAUGAACUUUGACGUCAUUAAGGGCAGACCUGUCCGGAUCAUGUGGUCGCAGCGUGACCCCUCACUCCGCAAGAGUGGCGUGGGUAACAUUUUCAUUAAGAACUUGGACAAAUCCAUCGACAACAAGGCGCUGUACGACACUUUCUCAGCUUUUGGAAACAUCCUGUCCUGCAAGGUGGUUUGCGAUGAGAAUGGCUCAAAAGGUUAUGGCUUUGUGCACUUUGAGACCCACGAGGCUGCUGAAAGAGCCAUUGAGAAGAUGAAUGGCAUGUUGCUGAAUGACCGCAAAGUGUUUGUGGGUCGCUUCAAGUCGCGCAAGGAGCGUGAGGCAGAGAUGGGAGCCCGGGCCAAAGAGUUCACCAACGUUUACAUCAAGAACUUUGGAGAGGACAUGGAUGAUGAGAAGCUGAAGGAGAUCUUCUGUAAAUACGGUCCAGCGCUCAGUAUUCGAGUUAUGACCGACGACAGCGGCAAAUCUAAAGGCUUUGGCUUUGUCAGCUUUGAGCGACAUGAGGAUGCCCAGAGGGCUGUUGAUGAGAUGAACGGUAAAGAGAUGAACGGGAAGCAGGUGUAUGUGGGACGAGCUCAGAAGAAGGGAGAACGUCAGACAGAACUCAAGCGUAAAUUCGAGCAAAUGAAGCAAGACCGCAUGACCCGCUAUCAGGGAGUCAAUCUCUACGUGAAAAAUCUGGAUGACGGCUUGGACGACGAACGUCUGCGUAAAGAAUUCUCCCCAUUCGGUACCAUCACAAGUGCAAAGGUUAUGAUGGAGGGAGGCAGAAGCAAAGGGUUCGGAUUCGUUUGCUUCUCUUCACCUGAAGAAGCCACAAAGGCCGUGACCGAAAUGAACGGCCGUAUUGUCGCCACAAAGCCGCUGUAUGUAGCUCUGGCCCAGCGGAAGGAGGAGCGACAGGCCCACCUCACCAGCCAGUAUAUGCAGAGGAUGGCCACCGUCAGAGCCGUUCCAAACCCCGUCCUCAACCCCUAUCAGCCUGCACCACCAUCUGGAUACUUCAUGGCUGCUAUUCCACAGGCUCAGAAUCGUGCUGCGUACUAUCCCACCAGCCAGCUGGCACAGCUCCGCCCCAGCCCUCGUUGGGCAACGCAGGGUGUCCGCCCACAACAUUUCCAGAACAUGCCAAACGCUAUCAGGCCUUCAGCUCCCCGCCCACAAGGCUUCGGUACCGUCCGGCCCAAUUCCUCACAGGUUCCACGCAUGAUCCCCUCACAGCGCAUGACCUCCCAGGCGGUGGGUCCCCGCCCUUCAGCUGCAGGUGCAGCCACAGGAACCGCUCCAGUGAGAGGCGUGCCACAGUACAAAUAUGCACCUGGAGUCCGCAACCCACAGCAGCACAUGCCCACUCAACCACAGGUCCCCAUGCAGCAGCCUGCUGUCCACGUUCAAGGUCAAGAACCUCUAACUGCAUCUAUGUUGGCUGCCGCCCCACCACAGGAGCAGAAGCAGAUGCUGGGUGAGCGUCUGUUCCCCCUCAUUCAGAACAUGCAUCCCAGUCUGGCUGGAAAGAUCACUGGAAUGCUGCUGGAGAUCGACAACUCGGAGCUGCUCCACAUGCUGGAGUCUCCAGAGUCUCUGCGCUCCAAGGUGGAUGAAGCCGUCGCUGUGUUACAAGCUCAUCAGGCCAAAGAAGCUGCACAGAAAUCAAGCGAUGAUCUGUGAGCCUGACUUCACCAGGAGGGAAGCAUUACAAAGACAAUAAAUAUUGAAAAACCUGAAACUCAAAACAAAAAAUACAGUGAAUACAGCUAAAUAUUUUGCCAGGUCAAGAGGCUUAAUCUUGGCCUUGUUUAUAUUUAAGAAAAUCUUAAAAAAAAUAGGAAAAUUUUUAAUUUUGAAUAUUCCAAAACAUUCCUUUCUUUUUAUUCCUCUUAAUGAGUGCUCAUUGUCAAUUGUAUUCCUGCAGUUGAUAGCUGAAGAUUGGGAAAUUACAUUGGAUUAAACUGCUUGAAUAAAUAAAAACUUUAAACAUU